CCCACCCCCCAUCCCCCGGGGCAGCUCCUAACAGGACUUUCUUGGUCAGAUUUCAGGUACUCGGACUCCACCUUUACCUUCACGUACGUCGGUGGCCCCAAAAGUGUGUCCUAUUCAGUACAUGUAUCUGAAGACUACCCAGAUAAUACCUACGUGUCAAGUUCAGAAAAUGAUGAAGAUGUGUUAGUUACUACAGAGCCAAUUCCAGUAAUUUUUCACCGAAUAGCAACAGAAUUAAGGAAAACAAAUGACAUUAACUGUUGCUUAUCCAUAAAAUCCAAAUUACAGAAGGAGAAUGGGGAGGAGUCGAGACAGAAUAGUGCAGUGGAAGAAGACUCGGAAGGGGAUAACGACUCUGAGGAGUUCUAUUAUGGAGGACAGGUGAACUACGACGGGGAGCUGCACAAGCACCCGCAGCUCGAGGCCGACCUGUCGGCGGUCCGGGAGAUCUACGGGCCGCACGCGGUUUCUCUCAGGGAGUAUGGAGCCAUUGACGACGUAGAUAUUGAUCUGCAUGUCGAUGUCAGCUUUCUUGAUGAGGAGAUUGCUGUGGCUUGGGAAGUGAUUCGAACAGAACCUAUAAUUGUCCGACUACACUGCUCACUUACACAGUAUUUAAAUGGCCCAGUGCCCACUGUCGAUGUCUUUCAGAUUUCCACCAAAGAGCGAUUCGGAUUGGGGCACCAGCUGAAAAAGAUCAUGCAGACCUUUGUCACCCAGCAGUGGAAGCAGAGCAAAGACAAGCCCAGCUGCCUGCACGGCAAGAAGCUGUCAGAGAGGAAGGUGAAGUCCCCCCUGCACUUGUUUUCUACCCUGCGCAGGUCGCCCAGCUACCCGCCCCCCGGCUGCGGGAAGAGCAAGUCCAAGCUGAAGGCCGAGCAGGACGGGAUCUCCAAGACGCACAAGCUGCUGCGGAGGACUUGCUCCAGCGCCGUCAAGGCCGAGGACUGGCGGCUCUCCCUCACCUCAGGGCUCAUGGGCAUCCUCACGCCCUCCUCCUCCCAGCCCGCUCCAAAUGGUGCCAAAUGCGUUCCCAUCCGAGACCGCGGCUUCCUAGUGCAGACCAUCGAGUUCGCGGAGCAGCGGAUCCCCGUGCUGAACGAGCACUGCGUGGUGUGCGACGAGCGACACGUGUUCCUGAACGGCCCGAUGCUCAGGCCCACCGUGUGCGAGCGCGAGCUGUGCGUGUUCGCCUUCCAGACGCUGGGCGUGAUGAACGAGGCCGCCGACGAGAUCGCCACCGGGGCCCAGGUGGUGGACCUGCUGGUGUCCAUGUGCAGGUCUGCGUUGGAAUCUCCCAGGAAAGUGGUCAUUUUCGAGCCAUACCCUUCCGUGGUCGACCCCAACGACCCUCAGAUGCUGGCCUUCAACCCCAGGAAGAAGAAUUACGAUCGAGUCAUGAAAGCACUGGACAGCAUCACUUCUAUUAGAGAAAUGACGCAGGCCCCGUAUCUGGAGAUCAAGAAGCAGAUGGACAAGCAGGACCCGCUGGCGCACCCCCUGCUGCAAUGGGUUAUUUCAAGUAAUAGGUCACAUAUUGUGAAACUGCCAGUCAACAGGCAAUUGAAGUUCAUGCACACGCCACAUCAGUUCCUGCUUCUCAGCAGCCCGCCUGCCAAAGAAUCCAACUUCAGAGCUGCUAAGAAGCUCUUCGGCAGCACCUUCGCGUUUCACCCCCCCCCCCUUGAGAACUGGCACUCGAUCCUGAGGAACGGCCUGGUCGUGGCGUCUAACACGAGGCUGCAGCUCCACGGUGCCAUGUACGGCAGCGGAAUCUACCUAAGUCCAAUGUCAAGCAUAUCAUUUGGUUACUCAGGGAUGAACAAGAAGCAGAAGGUGUCAGCCAAGGAUGAGCCGGCAUCCAGCAGUAAAAGCAGCAAUGCAUCACAGUCACAGAAAAAAGGACAGCAAUCCCAGUUCCUGCAAAGCCGUAACCUAAAAUGCAUAGCCUUAUGUGAAGUGAUCACCUCGCCGGACCUGCACAGACACGGGGAGAUAUGGGUCGUCCCGAACACCGAGCACGUCUGCACCCGGUUCUUCUUCGUCUAUGAAGAUGGCCAAGUGGGAGAUGCAAAUAUUAACACGCAAGAAGGAGGCAUCCACAAGGAGAUCCUUCGCGUAAUCGGUAACCAGACCGCGACCGGUUGAAGGACCACCAUCUCGCUAACGGGGUCUUGAAAGCCUUCCUCGGGUUCAAAGCUGGAUUUUGAACUGAAGAAGAUGAUGAAAUAAUUUAUUGUUAUUAUAAACAAAAUUAAUCCUUUGAAUACUGAUUUUUUUCUUAGUAUUUCUAAGUAUCUCAUUAAAUACCUAAAACGGUAUGAAAUUUAUCAAUUGUAGGGUUAUGGAAUCUAGGAAUAAACUCUCAACAGCACUUAAACUGAAGUUUGGGUUGCUCACACAAUAAACAGAUUGAAAAAGCA